AUGACAACCCCAUCUACUACUUCUCAUUCGGGUCCAGAGCAUCUGGUUACUGUCAAAGUACUCUAUAAUGACAGUAACCGUCGCUUCAAAAUACCUCUCAAGGAGCUGAAGCCCCAGGUGUUUCCCCAGAUGCUUACCAGAUUGCUCGGGGUUCCGGCGGAUGUCAACGUCAUCCUUGAACGCUAUUCCGACAGUGCUGGUUCUUACGUUCGCUUAGACUGUGACAACAUCGCAGUCUACAAACAACUCUACCGGGCUGCGAAGGCCAAGUCCAAGCUCCGUAUCAAGGUUACUACUCUUACUUCCCAAAACACAUCCGCAUCAACACCAGUACCAUCAGAACCCACUGUGCCUUUGGAGUCAACCAACCACACUCGUCACAGUUAUCUCGAAACGGUCCUGAGCCCUCUAGCACCUCCCAGUACCUUCCCUCUCAUCGACUCGGUCCAAGUUCCUCAUCUCACCGGUGAGAAAGAGUUGCCUCUUGGUCAACCUCGCUACCGCACCUUCGAGAUGGACCAAGAAAAGCAUCAGUUCCCGGUCAUCUCCCACACCUCGGGCAACGGGAUGUUCUGCAUUGACUGCAAUCACUGUGGUCGGUCUAUUGCAAAUGCGCAUUAUCACUGCAGCAUUUGUGAGAACGGGGACUAUGACUUGUGCCUACAGUGUGUCGGUGCUGGCGCAUCUUGCCGCGGCGAAGAUCACUGGUUGAUCAAAAGGACCGUCAAGGACGGUGUCGUCACAAACAGUACUACCGAGACUAUUGCUCCUCGUGAUCAAUCAGCACUGGAGAUCAACCCCAUGCUGCCUACUCAGAUUCAGCGCGAAGUGAUCACCAAGCCGGUGGUCCACAUCCCUGAGUCGGUCACUGAGUCAGUCCUUGAGUCGGUUCAAGAGUCAGUUCCAGAGUCGGUCCAAGAGUCAAUCCCAGAGCCAGUGGCCCCAUCGGCUUGUUUGGAUGCAGCCAUUCAGGACGAUGACAAGCCAAUGUGCAAUGGAUGCUGUCGUGAAGCCGACGAAAGCAAUCUUGUCCGCUGCAAUGACUGCGAGGACUAUGAUCUUUGCCUUCGCUGCCUGCUCCGAAAUAAGCAUGGACACCACCCCGGCCACACCUUCCACCUUGGAUCGGACCGGAACUUCUGCUUGAAGAAUCUGAUCACCUCUCGCUGCCUUCCUGGUCGGCAAUUCCGACAUGCCGCUGUCUGUGACGGCUGUGACAAGCGCAUCGUUGGUGUUCGUCACAAGUGCCUGGCCUGCCCCGAUUGGGACUUCUGCCCCGAUUGCAUCUUGACUGCUUCUGAGAACCACCCUGGUCAUCGAUUCGUGCAGGUUUACGAUUCUAUCGGUGAACCUGCUCGUGAGCAUGAAAUCCACUAUGGCAUCUUCUGUGAUGGUCCACUGUGCAAGAACAAACCUGCCCAAAGUUACAUCAACGGAGCUCGCUACAAGUGCGCUGUCUGUGAUGACACCGACUUCUGUGCGAGCUGCGAGGCCCUCCCGACCGACCACCACAACCGCACUCAUCCGCUGGUCAAGUUCAACACUCCGGUCCGCAAUGUGACUGUGAAUACCUUGGGCGACGACGGCUCGAGUGGACCAGUUGCCCUGGGUGACCAGCUUCAUGCCCCCGCUCGGCCCAUUGACCAGGCCGAGAUUGAGGAGCAGAAACCCGUCGAGGUGGAUGCUAGCAAGCCUGUGGAAAAGGUCGAGCCUCAGCCAUUCAUGAGCAAGACCAUCUCCGAGACCGAUAGCUCUGUUAUGUCGGACUACAAGGCAUUCUUUAUCCGUGAUACUAUUACCGACGGUACAAAGAUGGCCCCCAACACCAUGUUCCGCCAGACCUGGACUCUCUACAACCCUGGUCCUGCAGCAUGGCCCGUUGGCUGUGAUGUGCGCUUUGUCGGUGGAGACAAGAUGUUCAACGUCGAUGUCUGCCACCCAUCUAGCGUCGAGUCUAUUCGCUCGGCCAUGGAAAGCAACAAAUUGUUUGCCCCUGUGGAGCCUGGUGAGAGUGCCGACUUUACUGUCAAUCUUCGCUCCCCUCAGCACGAUGGCCCUGCUAUCUCCUACUGGCGUCUGAAACUCCCUAACGGUGUGGCCAUUGGCCAUCGUCUGUGGUGCGAUGUUGAGGUGCAGACCGCUUCUGUGGAAGAAGCUGACACCACCGAGACAUACCCUGCCGUGUCUGAAAUUGCCGGCAGUGGCAUGAUCUUCCCCAAGCUGGAGAAGGAAUCUCCGGAGUCAAGCACCCACGAAGCCGAGGCUCCUGCGCCCCAGGCACCGACCUUGUCGAAUUCUUCGGAAGUGGAUGUUCUAGAAGACGUCGAGAGCCUGACUCUGGACGAUGCCUCUACUGACGCCGACACUGGCUUCCUGACUGACGAAGAAUAUGACGUUCUUGACGCCAGUGAUCAGGAAUAUCUUGAAGCCAAGCAGUCCGCAAACUGA